AUGGCGGAGCCGGACGUGGGUCCGCUGGUGGCGAGUUUCAUCGACUUCACCGGCAGCGACGACGCCGUCGCGCUGCAGAUGCUCCAGGCGACGAACUGGCAACUGGAGGAGGCGGUGCAGCUGUUCUUCGGGGGGGGCGCGGAGGCCGCAGGCGCGCAGCAGACUGACGCGCAUGGGGGCAGCGCCGUGGGGCCUGCGGGAGGUGCAGGCAACGGGUCACGUGACGCCACUCCCCCGCCUCGCUCCUCCUCCCCGCCACCCCCGCCAGCAGCAGCAGUAGCAGCAGGAGGAGGGGGAAUGGGCGGCAGCAUGGGGGGCGGGGAGGAGGUGGUGCGGGCGCCGCUGCCAGUGAGGCGGGAGGCGCUAUAUGGCGAUGCAUACGCGCUCAACCGCCCCUCCGCUGGCGCUGCCGGUAGAGCGCCUGGAGGGCCCAGUGCGCCGGUGGUGGUGGAUGGGUUUCGGGACUUUGGCGGCGAGGCGGGCACGAGGGCGAGGGCGCGCGGAGAAGGGCAGCAGGGCGGCGAGGUGGGAGCGGCGCGACAGGCGUCGCUGGCAUCGCUGUUUGAGCCGCCCUAUGACAUCCUCUUUGCUGGCUCCUUCGACCAGGCGAAGCAGCGGGCGGGGGCGGAGGGGAAGUGGCUGUUGGUGAACGUGCAGUCGACGGGGGAGUUCGCGUCGCACAUGCUGAACCGGGACGUAUGGGCCGUGCCAGCUGUCAAGGAGACCAUCUCCACCUACUUCCUCCUCUGGCAGGUGGACGCGGCGGCAGCGGAGGGGGCGAAGGUGUGCGGGUACUACCAGGUGGAGGGGCUGCCGGUGGUGAUGGUGCUGCACCCCUCCACGGGCCAGCGCAAGCGCUGCUGGCAGGGGGUGCUCUCUGCUGACCAGCUGCUUGAGGACCUGAUGCCAUUCAUUGACCGUGGCCCCGUGGGGAGCGCACCUGGGGCGGGUGGUGAGGUGCGGCCGCCCAAGAAGCUGCGGGACGUGCCCACAGAGGGGGAUGGGGGAGCGGGGGUGGGGGCAGUGGGGAGCGGCGAGGAGGACGAGGAGGAGCAGCUGCGCCUGGCACUGGCGGCUUCCCUGGAGGGGCACACAGAGGGGCACACAGAGGAAGAGGAGGGCGACACAGAGGGGAGGGAGCAGGGUGGGGCCAUGGGGCCAGGCAGGGACGAUGCCUCGCAUGCGGCAGAGGGCCAGGAGCAGCAAGGGGCGUCGGCAGGAGGGGCAGCGGAGGAGGAGGUUGAGUUACCAGAGGAGCCAGCAGUGGGCACUCCUGCCAGCUGUCGCAUUGCCAUUCGCUGCCCGGAUGGCACUCGGCUGCAGCGUCGGUUCCUCUCCUCGCACUCUCUCCUGGUGCUGCCCCCAUCCUUCAAAGCAACCUGCUUGCCACCCAUCCCACGCCUGUGCACUGUCCCACAUCACCUUCCUGCCAUGCUCCUGCUGAGGGCAUGGUGUAGGCAGCAGGUGCCAGAGGCGGCAGCGGGGAGGCCCUUCCGUCUGUCACAGGCGCUACCCGGCUCCUCACCGCUCGACCUCUCCUCGCCCACCACCAUCGCCGAUGCCGGCCUUGCCAACUCCCUGCUCGCCCUCGCCUGGGACUGA